GACUACGCCUGUACUUCAGAUGAGACUAACUUUCUUUACCCUAACUCUACCCACAAAAAAGAUCACUUCAGCACUUCCACUCAACCCAUCACUAUUAAUAGAGAUUCUAUAUCGAAAUCAUCAAAACGGGAUCCAUUGGUUUGGAAUCAUUUAAGCGAUCAAAGAGAACAUAACUCUUCGGCAGAGGUGACGCCAUCGGGAACUCCUCAAAGUUCUCCCUAUUCUAUGCGCAAAGUUAUGGAAAACAAGAGAUUGAUUAAGACUAAUGAGAAGCCGAAGAAUGAAUUGUCUGUUAACCAGAAGCGUUGGUUUUAUACCGGAUUCUUCUCAGACAUGAAGACUGGAUUAGAAGACAAACCCAUUCCCCAAAUACCCAAAACACAGAGUUUUAAAAACCUGUGUGUUUCCAACUUUGACAUCAACGCUGUGGGGCCC